AUGGCCAUCAUCAACCCCGUCUACGCACUCAUAGUGCCCUUCCUCUUUGUCUUCACCAUCCCCCUGGCCGUCUUCGCCGGCAUCACAACCACACUCGCCUUCUCCGUCCUGAUGUUCCGCGUGGCAGUCGUAUAUGUCGACAUAGCAGUCAACAUGGUACCGCAGUACCUCACCGGCCGCCGCGUCUACCCCUUCCCAAGGGGCUACGCCAGCACCCUCCUCUCGACCACCGAGGCCUCGUCCAACAUGCCGCCGUCCCCCACGGGCAGCGGCACCAUCUCGCCCCCGACGAGCAGGCAGGCCGCGCGCCACCACCGCAGGCGGCGGACCAGCGGCGCCAGCCUGCACUCGGUCGGGUCCAUCACCCCCGUCGACGACCACCCGAACGGCCUCCUCGGCGCCGCCGCCGCCGGGAGCAAGCGCAACUCGUUCAUGAUGAUGGCGCCGUCCGUCGGCAUGGACCGCGACUUCGAAGGGGUCGGCGGCUGGCGCCUGGGCGGGCGGAACCCGGACGACGACGACGACGCCUGGACGCACAUCAACUCCCGCCUCGAGCUGCCGCUCGACUACCAGCGGAAGCACCACCAGCGGUCGCCCUCGGGCGGCGGCGCCACUACCCCCGGCGGGGGCAACGACUUCCUGGUCAUGAAGAGCCCCACCACGGCGAGGUCGCAGGAGAGGUCGCCUGACAAGGGCGGCAAGAGGGGUGGGGCCAAGAAGGAUAAGGAUGGGGGUGUCGGUGGUACCAAGAUCACCAAUGGUCCCGUUGUCAUGUCGCCGAAUAGUUCGCGGGUGAGGACGCCUACGAACACGAUGCCUCCCCCCCUGACGACGGUGGCCGAGGGCGAUGGGUAUUUUUCACGGCUGCCCAGGGGCUAA